AUGCUCAGUGCUUGGGAUCGCCGGGACCAGCCCCCUGAGGAGAGGACAACCGCAGAGCUCCAGGGCUUCGCCGUGGACAAGACUUUCCUCUCCUCCCUCAAAGGCAUCCUGCUGGAAACUGAGCUGGCCCUGACCUUCAUCAUCUUCAUCUGCUUCACGGCCUCCAUCUCUGCCUAUAUGGCUGCGGCGCUGUUGGAGUUCUUCAUCACGCUCGCCUUCCUCUUCCUCUAUGCCACCCAGUAUUACCAGCGCUUUGAUCGGCUUAACUGGCCCUGUUUGGACUUCCUCCGCUGCAUCAGCGCCAUCAUCAUCUUCCUGGUGGUCUCCUUUGCCGCUGUGACCUCCCGGGAUGGAGCUGCCAUCGCUGCUUUUGUUUUUGGCAUCAUCCUGGUUUCUGUCUUUGCCUAUGAUGCCUUCAAGAUCUACCGGACUGAGAUGGUGCCCAGGGCUACCCAGGGGGACCAGCAGUGA